AUGGCGGAUUCAGUGGAUCGCGUGUUUGUGCACGCCCUCAACACAGUAAAGAAGAUACCCAAGACGGGCGCGUCACGGCCGCCACCGAACGAUCGGCUACGGCUCUAUGGACUCUACAAGCAAGCUAUGGAGGGCGACGUGGACGGCGUUAUGGAGCGCCCGAAUGCUGCCUCAGGGAUGGCUCCUGACGACCUGCAGCGCGAGAAGGACAAGUGGGAUGCGUGGAAUCUACAGAAGGGCCUGAGCCGGACAGAGUCUAAGAGGAGAUAUGUCGAGGCCUUGAUAGAUACGAUGCAUCGCUAUGCGACGACACCAGACGCCAAGGAACUCGUCGCGGAGCUCGAAUUCGUCUGGAAUCAAAUCAAACACAACAGCCCGAGCUCGUCCAUGUCAUCACCGAGAGCGAACCGAUCAGGCGGCGCAUCCCAACAACACUAUGCCGACCCCCCGAGCGAAGCCGAAGGCCCCAUGAAGAUGAUUAGCCCAAUGAGCGAAUACGACGAGGCGGAAUUGCGAUCGCAGCGGCAGCUCGACCUCGAGGACGAGAUGGAAGAAGGACAAGAAGGCAGUCAACGUGGAGGCCGGUGGCAACGAAGGGUGGAACGAGCCCUAACGACCAUGUCAGCCGAGGUGGCCGCGCUACGGGAGCAGAUAACGACGGGCCGGGAGUGGCGAGCAAAGAAGCAGCGCAGCUUCCCGGCGUGGGCCAAGUGGUUCGCUUGGCUAGUGGUGAAGCAUCUGUCUGCAGAUUUCGUCAUCUUGGCCAUCGUAUUACUAUGGAUGAGGAAGCGCAAGGACCGACGGUUAGAGGAUUUGGUGAGGGCAGCUCUGAGGCUUGCGAGGGAAUACGUCCGGAAAGUCCUACCAAGUCGUGGCCAACCUGCGAGUCUACCAGGCUCCGGCCCUUGA